CGCUUCGACAGAUCCCUCAUCCCUUUUUCCUCUUCGCGCGCACCGGGUCUCUGUCUCUGCCCCCAAGCCUUUUUUCCUCACCAUCCUGAUGGCGCCCAAGGCCGAGAAGAAGCCUGCAGAGAAGAAGCCCGCCGCCGAGAAGCCGGCGGAGGAGAAGGAGAAGAAGACGGUCGCCGAGAAGAAGCCCAAGGCCGAGAAGCGGCUGCCGUCCAAGGAGGGGGCAGCCGGCGACAAGAAGAAGAAGAAGAAGGUGAAGAAGAGCAGCGAGACCUACAAGAUAUACAUCUUCAAGGUCCUGAAGCAGGUCCACCCGGACAUCGGGGUCUCGAGCAAGGCGAUGGGCAUCAUGAACUCCUUCAUCAACGACAUCUUCGAGAAGCUCGCCCAGGAGGCGUCCAGGCUUGCCCGCUACAACAAGAAGCCUACCAUUACCUCCCGGGAGAUUCAGACCUCUGUCCGCCUCGUCCUCCCCGGCGAGCUUGCGAAGCACGCCGUCUCGGAGGGCACCAAAGCCGUCACCAAGUUCACUAGCUCGUAGAUCUAGAAUUUUUUUGCUUUUUGCCCCUUUUCUGUAUAAUUUCUAGCUUUCUUUAAGGACUUCUCAUCUUUUCCGAUGUGUUUUCUAUAGCUGUAGAAAAGAAUCGUUUUGAAUGGUAAUAGUUUGAGCAGCUCUUAUGGGAUAAAA